AUGGAUACCGAUGAACAAUCUCCGCUGGAGAGCACUCCGGCGUCGAGGCCCAAGUCUCGCUCGGAUCACUUGAUGAAACGCGUGUCGAGGGCAUGCUUGCAUUGUCGGCAACGCAAAUCAAAGUGCGAUCUAGACAGUAGCGGCAGUCCGGGAGUUCCCCCGUGCCAGCGGUGUAUCCGAGAUGGUCGGGAAUGCGUCUUAGGCAGCUCGAAUCGUGGGGGCCGUCGCAUUCGCAAAAACAAAAUGAAAAACUUUACCCCAGAUACCAGUCUAACCGCUCGAAGAGAUUCAAUGCUCGAAACAACCAGUCCCACCAAUUCCGACAACCGCCAGAGCACGAAUGGUUCUUAUCCCGGCCCGGUGGUUUUUGUACCUCCGAAUCCCCCAACCACGGCUUCAGUAUCGGUCGACGACGAAGAUACCGCCUCGAUUGGUUCUGUGCCGCGGAAUCCGUCAGAUGCGUGGCAGUGCCUGACUGGUAUUGCCAAAAGGGGUGCAGACGACCCUAGCCCCGAGGCGGUCGCUGAUCCUCUGCGUACCGGCUCCAGUGGGUUUACCUCGUAUAAUGUGCUCCAAGAUGGGGGCGUUUCCAACUUUCAGCCCACCAGUGGUAUCAGGGCAUACAGACUGGUCCAGACACGAUCUUUGGACCCCGGAACUGUAUGGCAGCUAGUGGCUCGCUAUGCGGAGAACUUUCACCCUUUCCUCCCCUUGGUCCCGCGGAAAUAUUUCCACCGCAGCGCCCUAGAUGCGUUUGCCAGCAAUGAAAAGCACCUGCUCACUGCGGUGCUGACGAUCGCAUCGAAAGAUCUAGUUGAGCGACCCGAAAUCCAUGAGUACUGCUCGAAAUACAUGCACGAAUUGAUAUCCGGGAUCGCUGCCGGCAUCGACUGCGACGUGGAGGCCGUCGAGGCUCUGCUUCUUCUCGCGGAGUGGGAACCGCAGGGUCUUCGGCCUCGUAUAGAGCGCGUAGGUCGCGGAGAAGAAGACCGAGCAGCUUGGAUGCACGUCGGUCUUGCAUUACGGUCGGGUUAUUUUCUAGGACUAGAUCGGACGUCGUUUCGAGGCGACUCGGGAGAUACCGAAACGGAGGCCCGUCGACGAUUAGCGUGGACGAGCUGCUACAUCUCCGAUCGACUGAUUUCUGUUCGCAUUGGACGUGCAUUCUGGUCGCGAGGCCCAGGCCCGAUGACAGGCCUUGUCAGUCAAGACUUCCCUUCGUUACAGCCAAUGAAGGAUGGCGACGAGGACUAUGCCCGGAUAUUCCAGGCGACUUUGGACUUGACCCAGCUCUACGGAAACGUUCACGACGUUCUUUAUUCGGGGAUGCGGACCAGCAAUCAGAUGAUGCUCAUGGGAGACUACGUGAAGUAUGUGGAUGACUUCCGGCUGGCAAUUCUACGAUGGAAGUCUCUUUGGGGCACAUUGUCAUGCUCCACACCGAUCCAGGUCACCUUGCAAUUAUCCUAUGAAUACCUGAGGCUAUACACGAAUGCCUUUGCGUUUCAAGCCGCGAUAUCCCAGUCAUUGGUAUCGAAGACAAAAAACGAUGACCAAACACAAAGAGAACAUCUGCGCUCAGCAUUCAACAACGUGGCCUCCAUGCAGGACGCCAGAUUCAUCUAUGAAUCUGUGGAUGCUGCCAAAGCAUACUUGACCAUUCUUGUUGAUAUGGUUCAUCCCGAAAAGCACCUUCAUUUCAUGCCUCUACGAUUCUACCUGUACGGCAUUUACGCCGCCGUCUUCUUAUACAAGGCUCGGUCAUUCGGCGUCAUGCCGCAUUCCGAAGAAAUGAAUGUUCGCGAUCUCGUUACUCGAACAACCGAAGUCCUGAAGCGAGCGAGCGCCGGCCCCGAUGAUAUUGGCUCACGCUACUCCCGGCUUCUUGAACUGCUAUGGCAGUCUAAGUCAACGUCAAUCACAUCUCCCGCAGGGACGCACCAGGGCAGCGACCUUCGCCUGCAGAGCAGUUCUCUUGCGCAUCGCAUGGCCGAGCAGGCCAACUAUGUACACUUUAGCCCCGCCAACGACUUCUCCUGGCUCGAUCUGGAAGCCGUUGGAGAUUAUGUCUCGGGCGAUCAAAUAUCUGGAAACACGCUGGCAUUCGAUGCGUUUCAAAACCCCGACCCCUUUCAGGAUCGCUCACAAACAUGGCAAGUUCCGUGGUCGGGGGACAUGAGCAGCAGUCUUCUGUUCUAG